AUGAGUUCAUCAGAACCUGCCGAGGCUUCAUCCAAGCCCGAAGCAACACAAGUACAAUCGGACACAUCAAACCCACUGCCCAUGUCCAAAAGCGCCCUCAAACGCCUCUGGAAGCAGGAAAAAUGGGAGGCCGGCAUAGACGACCGCCGCAAGCGCCGCAAGGAGAAGCGCCACGAGCGCAAAGUUCGCGCCCGCGAUGAGCGCGCCGCCCUCAUCGCACAGGGCGUCGACCCCGCGGAGCUGCAGAAGAAGAAGCAGGUUUCUACGCUGGCUCCCGUGGGCAUCAUUGUCGAUUGCGACUUUGAGGACUACAUGAUGGAUAAGGAGCGCGUUUCCCUGUCCAGCCAGGUCACGAGGGCGUACUCUGAUAACAAGGCGGCGAGAUAUCGUUCGCACCUCUGGGUGGCUGGAUUCAACAAGGGGAUUGCGAAGCGGUUUCACGAAGUGCUACUUGAUCAGCAUAAGAAGUGGAAGGGCAUUUGGUUCGAUGAGGGCGACUACAUCAGCUGUGCGGCUAAGAUCCGCGAGCGAAUGAGUGCCACUGAUGGCAGCGGUGGAGAGAUGAUUGAGUCGCUGCAGCGCAGUCUCGAUGAACCUACUGCAUGGACCCGCGAUGAGACGGAUCCUUUCCCUAUGCCUGGGCCGGAGCCUCCCCUGGACGAAGCGAACAAGGACGUUGUGUAUCUGUCGUCAGACUCCCCUUAUACGCUUGAGCGCUUGGAGCCAAACACAUGCUAUGUCGUGGGCGGACUGGUCGACAAGAACCGUGAAAAGGGCCUUUGCUAUAGACGUGCACGAGAAAAGGGCAUUCGUACGGCGAGAUUGCCGAUUGGCCAGUUUAUGGUGAUGCAGAGCCGACAGGUCCUGGCGACGAACCAUGUAGUUGAGAUUAUGCUUAAGUGGCUAGAAUGUGGUGACUGGGGCCAGGCGUUCUUGAGCGUGAUUCCAAAGCGAAAAGGCGGGAAACUGAGAAGUGAAAACGGUGAAGCUGAGGCGGAGGAUGGUGAAGAGGCAGAGGGAAAAGAGGACGAAGACGAAAACCAAGGUGAGGCUGAGGUUGAAGAAGUAGCAGAGGCGUCAGAAUCUAAGGAAGAGAAUGCCGUGGAAGUUGAGACAUCAACCAACGUUGUAGACGAGAGCAAAUCAGGGGCUGAAGAAGCGAAAGAAGCACAAGCAUAG